ACAGACAACAGGAACCAACUUCCAAAACACAGAAGACGUCACAGCAGCGUAAACUUAGCCAAUCUUCUGAGAGUUUUUUCUUACUUUGACUUUGGUUCACACUUGAUUAUCUGUCUUUGAACAUAGUUUUUGCAUUUUUGUUGCAUUUUGUGCCGCAGCAGAGCUCAUCAUGAGGUGCUGUGCAUUAGUGGUGUGUUUACUUUUGGGAAUAGGCGUGCAGAACGGAUGGAGCCUUCCAGUCAAGUCGGUCUUUGUCACUUUCCCAGGGGACGUCGUGAAAAAUGUGACAGAUGUGGAGCUGGCAGAAAGUUAUCUGAAAAGGUUUGGUUACAUGGAGACGGAGCACCGCAGUGGCUUCCAGUCCAUGGUGUCCACAGCAAAGGCUCUGAAGAGGAUGCAGAGACAGAUGGGUCUGGAGGAGACUGGAGAACUGGACAAGAUGACACUGGAGGCCAUGAAGCGUCCUCGCUGUGGUGUUCCUGAUGUGGCCAAUUACAAAACCUUUGACGGGGACCUCAAAUGGGACCAUAAUGAUGUUACAUACAGGAUCCUGAACUAUUCUCCUGACAUGGACAGCAAUCUGAUUGAUGAUGCCUUUGCAAGAGCCUUCAAGGUGUGGAGUGAUGUCACUCCUCUGAAAUUUACCCGCCUUUUUCAAGGCACUGCAGACAUCAUGAUCUCCUUUGGAAAAGCUGACCACGGGGAUCUAUACCCCUUUGACGGAAAGGAUGGCCUCCUAGCUCACGCCUAUCCUCCUGGUGAUGGCAUCCAGGGGGACGCCCACUUUGACGAUGACGAACACUGGACUCUGGGAAAAGGAGCAGUGGUAAAGACUUACUAUGGCAAUGCAGAAGGCGCCUUGUGCCACUUCCCCUUCACUUUCGAAGGGAAAUCAUACACCAGCUGCACCACCGAAGGCCGAACCGACAACCUGCCCUGGUGUGCAACCACAGCCGACUACAACAAAGACAAGAAAUACGGCUUCUGCCCAAGUGAACUCUUGUACACGUUUGACGGAAACGCGGAUGGAGCCCCCUGUAUAUUCCCCUUCAUCUUCCAGGGUGAGAAGUAUGAGAGCUGUACGACCGAGGGCCGCAGCGACGGAUACCGCUGGUGUGCCACCACCAGCAACUUUGACACGGACAAAAAAUAUGGCUUCUGUCCCAACCGUGACACUGCUGUAAUUGGAGGAAACUCAGAGGGAGAUCCCUGCCACUUUCCUUUUGUGUUUCUGGGCAAGGAAUACCACUCAUGUACAAGUGAGGGGAGAGGAGAUGGCAAAUUGUGGUGUGGCACCACUGACAGCUAUGAUGAAGACAAGAAAUGGGGUUUCUGUCCUGACCAGGGUUAUAGCCUGUUCCUGGUGGCUGCCCACGAGUUCGGACACGCCCUUGGUUUGGAUCACUCCAACAUUAGAGACGCCCUCAUGUACCCAAUGUACAGCUAUGUGGAGGAUUUCUCCCUGCAUGAGGAUGACAUUGAAGGCAUUCAGUACCUCUAUGGAAGUAAAACAGGCCCUGAUCCUACUCCUCCUCAACCUAAUACUCCUACCACAACUCCUUACCCCGACGAGAGCGACGCCACAGAAGAACCUGAACCCACUGAUCCAUCGGUCGGGACAACACCAUCCACUGUGGAUCCAACUAAAGACCCCUGCAAGAUGCUCAAGUUUGACACCAUCACUGUGAUUCAGGGACAUCUGCAUUUCUUCAAAGAUGGGCAAUUCUGGAAGGUACCAAGCAAGGGAGACGGAGGCCGAAAGGGACCAUUUUCCAUUUCUCAGAGUUGGCCAGCUCUACCAUCUGUCAUUGACUCUGCCUUUGAGGAUGUUCAGACCAAAAAAAUAUACUUCUUUUCAGGAAGCAGGUUCUGGGUGUACACAGGAAGCAGUGUGCUUGGGCCCCGCAGUAUUGAGAAGCUUGGUUUGCCCCCAAGUGUGCAGAAGGUGGAGGGAGCACUGCAGAGAGGGAAGAGCAAAGUGCUUCUCUUCAGUGGCGAGAACUUCUGGAGGUUUGAUCUCAAGACCCAAAGAAUUGACAAAGGAUACCCCAAAUAUACCGAUGCCAUCUUUGGAGGUGUCCCUAAUGAUGCUCAUGAUGUGUUCCAGCACAAAGGCAACAUUUACUUCUGCAGAGAUCGUUUCUACUGGCGCAUGAAUUCUCGCAGGCAGGUGGACCGCGUCGGCUACGUGAAAUACGAUCUUCUGAAAUGCCCAGAUGCCUCAAGAAAUCACUACUGAGAUACAUGCACGGAUGGGCUGUGAGGCUGUAGCAACCAAAUGUUUUUUUGUGCAGGUGUCUGAAAGAAUGUGAUGCAGUGUUUGCGCAUCAUGCCUUUUGUAUGAUGUAUGUGCUUUAUGCAAUGUGAACGACUAGCCUCUAUUGAAUUUGGCUGAUUAUUACUCAUACAGCAUUGGACUGAAUCCAAGUCAAAGGCCCAGAACAAGAAGGCAAACAACCAUCGUUUGCACUCAGUCUGAAAUGCUGUGAACUGAUGACCAUAGUGGCCUAUAAUUUGAGACCCAUACAAGUAAUUUUAACACAUGCUUUCUGGAUAAAACUCCAGAUUUGCAGAUGAAAUUUCAUGUCUGACUGGAUCAGACCCUUGUCAGUAUUCAAAUAUUAUUAUUUUUUUGGUAUUUAUAGCAACAUCUAAUAUUAUUAUUUUAUGUCAUAAGCCUAUUUGUUUUGUGUGGUUUUAUGUGAUUUUCUGAAAAUGGUUUCAAAGCCAUAAACUUGCACUGGAAGACAUUCUGUGUCUCCUUAAUUGAAAUUAUUUAUAAAACUAAUAAUUUUGUACAAAUAUUCCAGCUUUCAAUGCAAUAAAAAUUCUGUGAGAACAUU